AUGCAGGUCGUCAUAGUGGACGAAGAAAAGUAUAGAGAAUUCGAACCGAUCAACGAGAUGAUCGUGAAUAGGAGUGGAGCCAAACUGCAACCGGAGCCAAAGUUUGUGAUCAGUGGAUUGGUGGAUGAUGAAGAGUAUUUGAUGAAGUUACGCAUUGAAUUGGUAGACGAGUCAAGAUACACAUUCAGGAGAAAUCAAUGGGUUCCAGUGUCCGUGUGUGUCAAGAAUGCGUUUUACAGUAAAAUGGGAGUAGCUGAAAGCCGGAAGGAAUCAGGUGCCACGUGGCACUCAAGAAUUGUACAGUUUGAUAAAAUGCGGAUUUCGAGAGAGUUUGGGGCAAUGAAACGGAAUAUGGCAUACUUGGAACCAGGUCACAAAUACAUUCCAAUCCUUUCAAUCGUAAAUGUUUCAACUGGAGUUUCAAUCGAUUAUCGUUUUGAUCUACUUCAAUUCAUUGCUGUCAAAAGCUAUCAAUCUAUACCAGUUCGACAUGCAAAGAAAGCAAAUCUAGUGUGUCCUCUUCUUCCUUCCAGUCCCCUUGAAGAAGAGAAACCAGCAAGCCUUCUUUCUCUAAAACUUCUUCCUCAAGAAUCUCAACAACAAGUUGUCCAAUGGCAGCCGGCUUAUGGAGGAUAUGGGAUGACAGAAAUACCGUACCAUCCUCCUCCUCAAAAUGCGUAUCCAUUUGAUUAUUUCGUUCCUUACCCACAACUACAGUAUCCCAUUCAACACGCAAUACAGUACCCUGUUCCUUUCACUCCAAUACAGUAUGCUCCGAUAAAACGUCAGAUGAUUCAACAAUUAAUCCAAGAGGAGCAACAAGAGGAAGUGGAAAUUAAUGAAAAUGAGGACGUCUACAUUCCAGAAUACGGUUGGAAUCCAAUUAUUGUCCCUGGAUGCAAAAAAGAGCAUAUUUAUGAAAUUGGACAUCAUUUGUUAGGAUUUCAUCAUGAUAUAUGGGCUCCACAAGAUAUGGAACUCGAAAAUUUGUACUAUAGAACUGAACAAGUAACAACGAAAGCAGGACGAGUUCUUCUGAAUGGUGUUAGUGGAUGUGCUGUUCCGGGAGAAGUGAUCGCUUUGAUGGGAGCUAGUGGAGCUGGAAAAACGACACUUUUGAAUACAUUGCUUCAGAGGAAUCUGAAAGGAUUAGAAGUAGAAGGGGAGAUUCUGGUGAAUGGACAGAAUAUUGGAAAAGGAGUGACCAGUGUGUCAGCAUAUGUUCAGCAGGAGGAUCUUUUUAUGGGAACACUGACAGAAGUGAUGAAGGAGAUGCUUUUGGAGAAACCCAAGAACAGUCGAAUCGGAAUUCCGGGAAUCAAAAAAGGAAUUUCCGGGGGAGAAAUGAAACGAUUAGCGUUUGCCACUGAAAUGAUCAACAAUCUUCCAAUCAUAUUUUGCGACGAGCCAACAACUGGAUUGGAUUCUCAUAUGUCCCUUCAAGUGGUCAAAACACUGGAAGCGAUGGCUAUGGAAAAGGGAAAGACUAUCAUCUGCACUAUCCAUCAACCAUCAUCAGAAGUUUUUGAAAUUUUCGAUAAGGUCGUGUUUCUUGCACAAGGACAAAUCGCAUUCCAUGGCGCUAUUGACGAGGCUAUUCAUCAUUUUUCUGCAUGUGGGUACCAAGUACCCGACCAUACAAACCCUGCUGACUAUUUCAUCGAUACUCCCAACAGCCCAACUGGCACUGAAGCCACGCCCACAGAGAAAAGACAAAAAGGAAGACCAGAAAAACCAAGGAAACCAAAAACUUUGGCGCCAAAACCUGCCCAAAAUGGUCCAAAGUCAAUAACAAGCCGAAAGAGAAAAGCUCCAGAUGAAGCUCUCGAUGAGAAAUUUUCAAAUUUCAAUUUUUCGCAUUCUCCAGAUGCCAAGGAUCCAUCAGCACCAAAGAAAUCUGUUCCUGAAUCUUCUAAUCCAGAUCCGACGUCUUCAGAAUCUUCAAGUUCGGAAACUCGGGAUUCAGAGAUCCAGAAGCUUCGAGAAUCUUCCCCACCACCUCUUGAACCAACUCCGACGUCUCCAGAAUUUUCGAAUUCUGAAUUCCACAAUCUUGUGCUCCAGAACCUUCAAGCUGGUCCAGGAUCCUUGGAUAUUCAGAAUCCAGCUGCUCCAGGAUCGUCAAGACCUACAUCUCCUGAAAGACAGGAACUUCAGAAUCCUGCUCCAGAAGCUCCAAAUCCGAAGAUUUCUCCACGUCCAAUGGUUUCAGAAGCUCCACGUGUUAAAUUUUUGAUUCCGAAGCUUCAGAAUCUAUAUCCAGCUGAUCCAGAAGGUUCGGAGGUUUACAAAACAAAAAGAGUCCGAUUCACUGUCAGCCGUCAACGUCAUUUGGACCGCCUGAAUAGAAGACGUCGGAAUUUUCGACAUGUAAGAUAUUUCGAAUACCCAUCCACGUCUGCUUCAGGCUUCCACGAAGCGUCAAGGAUCGGAAGAUCUGAAUCUUCAGCUGAAGAAGGAUCUAUGGAUUCUGAUGCUCCAGAAGAAGAUUCAGUAGACACAACGGAUUCUGAAGAUUCACCAGAAGAUGCAGAAGAAGCUAUGGAGUCCGAUGCUUCAGAAGAGGAUGCUUGCUCAUCAGUGGGUAUGGAAGCUCGUGCACCAGAUGCUCCAGAUUUUCGAGCUCUGAAUUCUCCUUUCCGACAACUUGAAAAUCCAUGGUUUUCCGAACUUUCCAGAAGAAGGAAUUUUGAAGUGUCCCAAUUCCCAAAUCCAAGACCUUCAGAAUCAUCUCAGGAUCCUCAGAUCUCCCUAUACACCUUGACCAACCAUCUAUCAGAGCAAUGGGUCAAACAUGCCAAAGAUGUGUUUUUGGAAAUCCCAAUCGAAAACUUAAUUGGACAACGUGUCCCAGAGGACCUCGAAAUCCAAAUAAAAGGGCUAAUUUUUUAUAAUAAAAUCGAUAGGUUCUUCGAGAUGAAUUGGAGAAAGGAAAAAUCCCAAACCAACCCGGCCCACCUCAACUUUGAAGGGAUUUUCAAUCCAAAUACUUCUGUUGAUGACCCAGAAACAAAAUUUAAAAUAAUUUCAAGAACAUUUCAAUUGCCAAAAGCUAAGGAAGAAUUGGAAUAUGAGGAAAGCGAUUCCCAACACAUUUUGGACAAUCUGGAGCAUUUCAGCCUUCUCAAGAUCUCUGGAGAUUUCAAGGAAAAUAUUGAGAAGCCAAAACGGAACUCUUUCAUGACGGAAUACCAAAAAUUCCAGAUAUUUUCAAAGGAAGUUCUCGAAAGUGCGAAAAUAAGGAUUGAGCUUUUUAGAACCCAAAAACUUGGCAAGGAAUUCCAGAAGUUCAAGGAAGCUCAUCUGAAGAUCUUCCACGUUUAUUUGGCUCUUCUGGAGCAUCUUCUCCAGAAACUCCGUCGAAUUUUGUUCUCAUAUUUUUCAAUUUUCUAUGCUGAAACUUCUGAAAUUCUCAAAUGGAUUCAAGAACCUAUGAAGAAGAUUCGAGGGUCCAUCGGUACAAUUUUGAACGCAUUUUUCAAUACAGUACCGGUGAUAAGGCAAAUCGAAGAUUUGGAGGGUAUUAUGAAAAAGCAUGAUCCAGAGCUCCUUGAAAGACAUUUCGCGGAGUUGGCGUGCAUCGCAAUAGAGAGGAUCCGCUUCCCAUCUCCUCUGGAUCCACGUCUUCUGAAAUUCCCAUGGGUCCAUAAGCGGAAGGACCAUGAAGACACCAUUGAUCUCCUCAGAAUCACCUUUUCCGAGACGAUUCCAAACUAUAAUCUAGAGUUCUGGGAGCAGGAAAAUCAAUGCUCCUUCGAUCGUGCCUCGAAACUGUUCCAAAACUUUGGAUGUCCUAGAAAGACGCUGUACGAAGAGUUUUUUGAGCAAUCUGACGAAUUCUUCAAGCUACUGGAGCCCAUUGUCUCUGAUUUGGACCGGAAAAUGAAGAUCUACCAUCACCACAGAUCCUUUUCUGGGAUCUUGGAGAUACUCAAAAGGCGAAUUCCCGUUGAAUUGACUAGAGUGAAUCAGGUAGAUGCUACGAUGAUCUACACAGCCCAAAACUCAAAUCCAGAGGUCAAAUUUGAUGUCUUCAAAGCUGCUCGGGACCUGAACAAAGUUUAUAUUGAUCUGGAGCCAAUUAGAAAGAGGUGUCUCCCAGUUUCUCCAGCUCUUAUCGGAUUCCAUGCUGUGCUAUUUGAAAAGAAGGUUGUGGUGGCGAUGGUUCGGGAGAAGAGGAUUACGGUAGACGCACCCCUCAACCAGCACCCCCUUCCCGACAUCCGAACUAUAGAAUUCCAUGGGACAAAAUGCAUUGGGAGGAUUUGGAUUCAUGACGACAAGUUUCUAAGAAUUGGAUUAAGGACCAAGAAGGACUCUGAUGGGGAUUGGUUGAUGGUUGAGAUGGAUCUGGAGAGGUUGAAGCAUCAGAAGGCGUUCGAGAUAGUCGAGACGGAUUUGAUAAGGAAGAGUUUUGGCAAAUUGAAAAGGGAACUAGAUGAUGUUGGAGGAAACUAG